AGCCGCAGGGAUCUUUUUCGAAAGAAAGAUGCACGCUUUGCAGGCGAACCGUGACCGGAAUAGAUGGGGGAGCUGUACAGGAUGGAGUUAACACUGGUCUUUGUGGCUUGCCUCUGCCUUAUAAUGGCAGUUACUGGUGACCCCUGUCUUAUUAUCAGUGAGAUCAACGCUGACAACCCUAGACUGGACACCACUGAAUUUGUGGAAUUGUACCACACCAGUGGACAGAGAGCUUCUUUAGAUGGAUACUCACUUGUUUUUUAUAAUGGAAAUGGGAAUAUAGCCUACAAAGUGCUGGACCUUAAGGGAUAUAGCACAGAUGACAGAGGAUUCUUCCUGGUUGGGUCUGUGGACAUGCAACCUAAACCGGCAAUCCUGUUGCCUCCAAACACCGUGCAAAAUGGCCCGGAUGCUAUAGCCAUCUACCACUCCAGUGCUGCACGGUACAGUGAGAAAAUGAAUGUGACAGCGGUGGGAUUGGUGGACGCUGUAGUGUACAUGAGCAGGAGGUCCGGAGGGGCUGAGUAUCUGGCUGAAAUGCUAACACCAGGAGAACCAGCCUUUGUAGAGGAUGAUACAGCCCAUGAUGGAGAUGAGUCUAUAGAGAGAUGUUUAAUGUCUGAAGACCGGUGGGGAUUUCAGGUAUCUCUCCCCUCUCCAGGACAGAGGAAUAACUGCACCCCACCCAUGUCUCCAGCCACUGCGCCACUGAUAACUGAAGUAAGGCUGGGCGGAGGGCAGGUGGAGAGCUUUGUGGAGAUGACAGAGGCCCCUAGUGUAGGAUCCUUGGUGCUAGUGGUGUUGGAUGGGAGAACAGACAGAGUGAGUGUGAGCAUGUCUCUGGAUAUGCAAGCCACAAAUGGUCUGGUCUCUAUCAGCAUAGACAAGAACUACAUGAAAGGAGACCAGUCUGGAGCAGUGGCCAUUUACAGUGGCAGUGUCAACGAUUUCCCUGUGGGCAGUGCCCUGAGUCAGAUACAACCACUUGACGCAUUUGUUUUUGCUGGACCUGGAAACCGGCCCAGCACCAACCUCACUGAGACCCUUAUACCAGGAAGACAGCCUUAUCAACUCAGCAACAGCUUGAGAGAGGGAGGCUUCCAUCUCAGUCGCUGUGGUGUUGCCACGUGGUCUAGAGAUCCUGGUGUCUUUUGGGAAGCUCCUCAAACACCUGGGCAGCUAAACCAGUGUCCCUGGCCAAAGAUCUGCCCACAUAGCUCUGUGAACCCGAGUGGCACAGACGCCUCCCCACACCUGCCUCCAUGGGGAAACAGUGACUUUCUGAUUAACGAGCUCAACACCAACACACCUGGUGUCGCUGAGGAUGGUGAGUACAUUGAGCUGUGGCACCCAUCAGCCCGCCGUGUCUCGCUGCAGGGCAUCUGGAUACUUCUGUUCAGUGCACACAACAACAAACCCUACAGAGAGAUCAGCUUGAGUGGACACUUUACCACAUCCAAAGGGUAUUUUCUGUUGGGCAGUGACAGGCUUGUGCCUGCUCCAUCGCUACGCCUGCCUCCAAAUACUAUCCAGAAUGGACCAGAUGCUGUGGCCCUGUAUCGCAGCCCCUUUGGCCCCCCAUCAGCUGCACAAAGGGGCAUUCCCACCAAAGGCCUGUUGGAUGCAGUGGUGUACAGACAGCGAGGUUCUGAUAAGGAGGCACAGGAGCUGAGUAAAGUCCUGACUCCUGGACAGCUCCCCCUGCUGGAGGAUCCUGAGGUGCUGCCAGGGGAUGAGGCCCUAAGCCGCUGCAGAGGCCUGUACCCCUUUGACCUUUCUGCUUUCUCUGUGGCUCUCCCUACUCCGCUGCGUGAGAAUAUCUGUCCCCGCCCCCCUCCCCCUCCUGAGGGUGUGGUCAUCAGUGAGGUUAGCAGCGGACACUGGACCAAUCACAGCCAACAGAAAGGAUUUGUUGAAUUAAAGGGCCCACCCAUGACAUCGCUUUUGGGCCUGGUGCUAUCUGUGUUUGACCAGGAGCGCAGUGGGACCAUUAUGGGUCUUCCUUUGACUGGCUUCAUUGAUCAAGAUGGAUUCUAUAUUGUUGGAAAUGUAACUGGAGCAGAUCAGGCCUUCCCAGAAGGCUCCUCCAUGCCCAUUCGAGGGGCAGUGGUUUUGUGCUAUGACCUGUUCAGUGUGUGCAGAGCUGGCACUGCCUUGACCAACUCCAGUCUCAGAGAUGUACUUGUGUUCAGUGAAAGGAAGCAGCUGCUAUCCUUUCUCUCCACCACCAGAGGGAGACAUGUUAUUCCAGCUCUUAGGUCUGUGGAAGAUGGCCCAGUUUCCUUGAGUCGUUGUUCGUGCUGUGAGGUCAGGAGCCCAUCAUCCUGGACAAGCUCCUCACCCACCCCCCACAGAGACAACCUCUGCCCCAGCGCUGCCUUUUCCAGCCACAUUGACAUCUGCCUUAGCCCCAUGGCUACUGACUGGCAUGGAUACUCUGGAGAUUGCAGUGGCCUUCUUCAGGGAAAGAGAAUUGCCGAAGUGGCUGACUACCUUGAGCAGAAGUGUCAUUGUGGUAUAUCAGCUUUAUAUUUCCAAGGGGCAAACUUUUCCUGUGUGUCUGGUUGGCUGCGAGUAUGGGGCGACAUUCAGGCUCUUUCCGACCACCAGAAAGCUCUGAUCAUCCAGACUUCACACCUGAACCUAUCACCUUCUCGGGGGGAUGGCUGCUCUGCUCCCACCACUGACCGCUACACAAGCACAGCAUCUGCACUGGGACUGCAGAUCGGCCUUGUUAUAGCAGUAUUUCUUCUGCUAGGACUAGGAGUGGCUCUAUUUACAUAUUUCUAUAAAAGAAGACGUCCACUGGACUACUACACCAUGGAGCUGAGUGAACAUGCAGAGGGACUGUCAGAUCUAUAAUGAAGUCUUACAAUCAUAAUAUCACCAUUCUGGUGUGAAUGCAUGUGCUUCUAAAGACCAGUUAAGAAUAAAAGCUGGGUCCCUUUCUGAGAAGUCAUUAUUGCAGGAUAACCACCAUAAGUGCCCUUCAGAAUCACGUUCCUGCUUAUUAUAUUGAAAUUCAAACUUAUAUGCAGCAAAACUCAACACUUCCUCUUUGCUUAUGGACUGUGCUGGCUACUACUACAAAAAGACUCUGAAAGAAAAAGUUUUAAAUACUUCACUUAAACGUUUUUGACUUUUUUAUGUCCAUAGUUUGAAAUGUGAAUGUCCUUUGCUAUCUUGUGAUUAGUGUCUGUAACCACUUACCUGUAAGUGUAACCUACCUGAAGCACACUGUUUACAUGUGACUGUAAAAAGGAAGAGAUUUUAGACAGCAUAAAUUUUAUUGAUUGUUUUAAAGGGAGACCACUGUAAAAGUUUUUUUAAAUGUUUGUGUUUCAUGUGCCACUUUCCUCAUUUGUUUGAGGUAAGGUAUACAUUAAAUCUACUGUACAUUAAGUAAAAAUUUACUGUAAAAUAUUCCAACUUUGAUACAAUAAAUUUCAAAGUAUACAGUCAACCACCAAGAUACAAUUAAUGAAAUUCUGAAAUAAACAAAUGUGUGAUUACAA